AUGGAGGGAAGGAGAAACGGAGACGUAGCGAAAAACCGCGUGAGCUUUGCAGGCGGAGCGGGAGCAGCCGUGGGGAGGGGGUUCUGCAAGCGGGUGCAAGCCCUGCACGCAACAACGUAUCUGGAGAACCCAAGAACGCCCCUGCGCAAUCAGACCAAGGGUGGGUCUCUGAAACAGAGUCCCUGGAAAGAACAAGAUGAAAAGGGCUCAUCUGUCAUCACUGCCAUAGAGACUAUCAAAGGCUUCUCUAGAACUCCCAGUGAACAGGCAACACAAUGGAAUCCACCCCGCUGUGGGGUUCCAGAUCUACCCACCCCACCUGAGAGCCACAAUACUCGGAACCGGCAGAAACGAUUUCUGCUGUCUGGAGGACGUUGGGAGAAGAUGGAGUUCACUUACAAAAUCGUGAGGUUUCCUUGGCAGUUAGUGAAAGCUAAAGUGAGACAAGCCAUUGCUGAGGCUUUGAAAGUCUGGAGUGAUGUAACACCCUUGACCUUUACAGAAGUGCACAGGGGACGAGCAGACAUCGUGAUUGAUUUCACACGGUAUUGGCAUGGCGACAACCUGCCUUUUGAUGGCCCUGGGGGGAUCCUGGCACAUGCCUUCUUCCCAAAAACCCACCGGGAGGGAGAUGUCCAUUUUGACUAUGAUGAAACAUGGAGCAUUGGGAAUAACAUGGGGACUGACCUUCUGCAGGUGGCUGCUCAUGAAUUUGGCCAUGUUUUGGGUUUGCAGCACACAGCAGUGUCCAAGUCCCUGAUGUCUCCUUUCUAUUUCUUCCGUUACCCACUGAAGCUGAGUGAGGAUGAUAAACAAGGCAUCCAGUAUCUCUACGGGAAGCCAAAAUCUGAAGUGAACAUUGACCUAGCUCAGGAGGAAGAGCCAUACCAGCCAGAUAUUGAAACCAAUGAGAUUGUCCAUGAGCAACCUACACAGCCUGAUGCUUGUGAUACAGAUUUUGAUGCCGUUUCCAUGAUCCGUGGAGAGCUGUUUUUUUUCAAGUCAUACUAUGUCUGGCGGCUCCGAAAUGGCAAACUCCAGGCUGGCUAUCCAGCCCUAGCAUCUCGACACUGGCAGGGAAUCCCCUCUUCUGUAGAUGCUGUCUUUGAAGAUUCUCUCGGCAACAUCUGGUUCUUCCAAGGUUCUCAAUACUGGAUUUAUGAAGGUGAGAGACUCAUUUCUGGCCCCUUGCCUAUCACCAGACUGGGCCUCUCUGCUUCUCCUGUCCAGGCUGCCUUACUCUGGGGGACAGAAAAGAACAAGAUUUAUUUUUUCAAGGGAGGCAGCUAUUGGCGAUUCAGUCCCAACACUAACCAGGUGGACAACAUCUCCCCGCGCAGAAUGACUGACUGGCGAGGAGUUCCGCAGGAGAUUGAUGCUGCUUUUCAGGAUGAGUUUGGGUUUGCCUAUUUCCUGAAAGGUCAGCAGUACUGGAAAUUUGAUCCCAUUCAUGUGAAAGUGCUAGAGGGCUACCCACGUAUCAUUGGCCAAGAUUUUUUCAGCUGUGUGUCUUCCCCCAACUCCUUCAGAUAGAGUGUCAAGAAAUAGAUUGCCUUUUCUGGAUGGAGAGAAGCUGUGAUUUUAGGUCACUACCUUGACACAAACAAGAAUUACCUGCAGCGACCCUUUACCUACCUUUGCACCAUGUCAAAUCCCAGAGUUCCAAGCGGGGGGCAUGUUUUGUUUGUUUGCGUUAUAAUCUAAAAGAUGGCGGCAGUCUUGAUGUUUACUUUCUGAUGCCAGUGAUGGACACAAGUAAAACAGGGUGUCUUCUGUCACGUCUUCACUGUUAUCAACAGAGUGCUACAGCUUGAGAACACUAUUUCAAGUAUUCUUCCACUAAGAGUUGUGUUUGUGAGAACUGAUUUUACUGACUAUCCUCUUCUUGGUAUUGGUCAAGGAAAUGUUGACCGUUCAUUACUGACUGAUACAUUUGGACUCCCAAAUAGUCCCAUAAACAUUAAUGGGGAAAAGGGAGGAAUAAGAUGCGUUUCAGUAUCAUGUUUCAGACAUACACUUACUUUUCUUUUUGCAUUGUAUUUUUCUAGGAAACAUUACAU